UGAAAAUUAAAAAAAAAAAAAAUUCAUAUAAAAAAUGCACAAACAUUAAAUUGUAAAAAGAGAGAAAAAUCAUUUUGCCCGUCAGUAACCCGUUAACCGGCUAAUUAUACCAGUUCAUACAGUCAUACUCGGUGGCCAAAACGAAACCAGAAAAUUAGGUCCAAAGGGUUUAAGGAAAAAGGGUUAAAACCCAGAAAACCCACCGUUUCUUUAAUUCUCCUCUGUCUCUCCGACUUACAUUUGAUUUGAAAUAUAUUAUUGUUUAUUAUUAUUAUUUUUAUUAUGUAUAAUCUGCGACGAGUAACAGCAAGUUUCCUAAAAAGGAUUCCCCUUUCUUCUCAUAUCUUCAAUCCUUCCUCUAGACUAUACACCAAUGCGUUGAUCAAUUCACUCUCGACUAAUAGAAGGAUAUUAUUUUCGUAUAAAUAUGGUAAUUAUGGAGAUUCUAGUUCGAGGAUGAAUUAUAAAGAUGGUUAUAUAUGGAGUAUCAUAGCUGGACAAGCUGCAAUCAUUCUUGGGAUAAAUGCCAAUCCUGUCUUAGCAAACGCAUCAAAUGAAAGUAAUUCUGAAACUGAAUCAGAGGGGGCUAAUGUAAUUGGAUUACGCAAAAUUGAGGAUGGUUCUGUAAUAUCCAAUAUACAUACUUCUAAAUGGAGAAUAUUUACCGAUAAUGGCAGGGCAUACUUCCUCCAGGGUAAAUUGGAUGAAGCUGAAAAGUUCUUCCUUUCUGCUCUAGAAGAAGCUAAGAAAGGUUUUGGGAAUCGAGAGCCCCAUGUUGCUUCUGCUUGCAACAAUUUGGCAGAGCUAUAUAGAGUCAAGAAGGCAUUUGAUAAAGCAGAACCUUUGUAUUUGGAGGCUGUAAACAUACUGGAGGAAUCAUUUGGUCCAGAUGAUAUACGCGUGGGGGCUGCCUUUCACAAUCUUGGACAGUUUUAUCUUAUGCAGCGCAAACUAGAAGAAGCUCGUAAUUGCUACGAGCGUGCUUUAAAGAUAAAGAGGCAUGUUCUGGGACAUGAUCAUACUGAUUAUGCAGAUACAAUGUAUCAUCUUGGAACGGUGCUAUAUCUGCAAGGAAAAGAAAAGGACGCCGAAGACCUUAUUCAGGAUUCUAUUCAAAUAUUAGAGGGAGCUGGACAAGGGGAGUCAAUUAUGUGCAUAAGGAGAUUGCGAUAUCUCUCUCAGAUCUACUUGAAAUCCAAUAGAGUUGCAGAAGCUGAGAAUGUGCAGAGAAAGGUCCUGCAUAUUAUGGAAUUAUUGAAGGGAUGGAAUUCUAUGGACACUGUGAUUACAGCUGAAAGCUUGGCCCUGACUUUACAGGCAGCUGGGAGCUUAAAAGAAGCACGAGAGCUUCUAGAAAGAUGUUUGGACGCUCGCAAAACCUUGCUUCCUCAAGAUCACAUCCAGAUUGGUGCUAACAUGCUUCACAUUGCAAGGGUGGUAAUGCUGAAUGCAAAUCGACUUAGAAAGAUUUCUAUUUCUGAAGCAAUUGCAGAGCUUGAUAAGGCAAAAGAUCUUCUGUACAAUUCAACAAGGAUAGCGAGGCAAGUUUUAAAAAAAUUGAGAAACCAGAAAGGCAGCAGGGAAAAGAAUGCGGCGUCUGAAGAAACUAGAAGAGAGGGGCAUGCAGCAUUGAUCAUACUGCUGCAAUCACUUGAUGCCCUUGCGCAUGUGGAGAUAACAAAAGAAGAGCUGCAGGAGUCGACGAACGAGCAUCCGUCUGCUGUUGAGGCUGAAAGUGCACUUUUCCAAUGUAUUUCUGCUUACAAACAGUUUGAGUCCGAGAGAUCUAUUUCUGAUUCUCCUGAAGUAAAAGCUGAAUACCUAUCAUGUUUGAAGCGUCUUUCUACCUUGAUUAGCGACAGUGCCGUCAAAGAGAUAAAGCUAUCUGGAAAACCCUCCUUGCAAGAGCUGAAUGAUGAAAUCAAGCGUGUCCAAGGCGCAAUUUCUCACCAUAACAGAAGUAAAUUUAGAGGUGGUAUGUCUUGAUUGUGUAUAGUUACGUAAUUUUCUUUUUCCUGCGCCAAUUUCUGCACUUGGGGUUACAUCUCUUGAUGAAAAUCUUAAUUCUAUCCAUAAUAAUGGGGUGGGACUUGGCUUAAAAAAUUCUGGCUCAGCAGCAACAUGAAUGCUGCUGACUCUGAGCUUCUAUCAGCUCAAAUGAGAAAACAUUACACUGAACAAUUGGAUACCUUUUUAUUGUUUUUAAGAGAUGGAAGCUUUGCACCAAAGACAGUUGCUUUA